CAUGCCAAGCUACGGCAAUCGUUGGCACGUCCUAAUGAUCCCAUACCCAGCAUCGGGGCAUUUGCUUCCGCACAUGGACCUAAGCCAUCAGCUCCUCCUUCGCCGGUUUACAGUCUCAAUCAUGGUCACACCCAAAAACCUUCACUACCUAAACCGUCUCCUCUCUUUACAUUCUUCAUCCAAUCUUCAAACCUUGGUCCUUCCUUUCCCUUCUUACUCUUCCAUACCUGCUGGAGUCGAAAACAUGAAAGACGUGCCCAUAUCCUUCGUCCCCAAAUUUGCCGCUGCCUUGAGUGAACUCCAUGAUCCUUUGGUUCAAUGGUUUCACCACCCGUCUCCUCCUAUGGCCAUAAUAUCUGACAUGUUGCUCUGUUCUUGGACUCCUUCGUUGGCUUCCGAUCUUAAAAUCCCGAAUAUAUGUUUCGUUGUCACCAAUGCACAUGCAGCAUCUUCAUGGUGGGUAAACGAUCUCAAUUCCAAUCGCGUGCCAGAUUGUUAUAGAAAGAUGCAUCUUGGAUGCAUUCAAAGCUGGGGUUUUGUCUUCAACUCGAUUAAUGAGUUAGACAAUGAACACUUGAACCUCAUUAAGAAAGAGAUAACCAAACAUGAUCGUUUGUGGGCUGUGGGUCCUUUACUCCCCAUAAAAGCAAGUUCUGUUAGCAAUAGCAGGGGUGGAACAAGUUCCAUUCGGGAAGAUCAAGUUAUUGCAUGGCUUGAUUCUUGCCAGGUUGACAAAUCCGUGGUCUAUGUCGGAUUCGGAACCCAGAUAACGUUGACGAAACAACAAAUGAAGUUAGUAGCUUCAGCAUUGGAGGAGAGUGGGGUUCGUUUCAUAUGGGCUGUCAAGGAUCCAAUGAAAGGAAUGGGAAAUGAUGAUGAUCAGAAUGUGAUUCCUCCAGGGUUUGAAGAUCGUGUGGAAGGGAGGGGGCUUGUGAUCAAAGGUUGCGCACCCCAGUUGGCUAUCCGGCAUCGUACGGUUGGUUCCUACUUGACUCAUUGUGGAUGGAACUCAGUCCUUGAAGGCAUCCUUGCUGGAGUUCUAUUGCUUGCAUGGCCCAUGCAAGCUGACCACUUGCAUAAUACCAAGCUGUUGGUUGACGAAUAAGGAGUGGCAAUUCGAGUUUGUGAGGGCAUAGAGACUAUCCCUGAUGCAACCAAACUGGCUCGAAUCCUGUCUGAUUCCUUGUGCAUGACCCGGCCUGAGAAGGUUAGAGCCAUGAAGCUAAGGAAGACUGCUUUAGACUCGAUUAAAGAAGGUGGAAGUUCCUAUAAGGCUCUAGAUGGAUUAGUAGAAGAACUCUCUUCUCUUAGUGUGAUGAACAAUGAGUAAAAGUACAAUGAACUCAGUAUAAACUUUAUGGAUAUUAUAUUUGCACACUGCCUGCAUUCCUCAUGCCUACCAUACAUAUGGCAUGAGAGAAAAUAGGAUAUAUAUGGCACU